AUGCUCUCGCCUCCCCUGGCAUCCUCAAAUAUCCCAAACUGCGGCGACGUUCUCACCAAGAAGAAACUCGACCCUCACCGCAACCGCUGCCGCGGCGCUACUUUCACCUGCAUUGACUGUAUGGUGUAUUUCCCUGGCGUUCAGUACCGAUCUCAUACCAGUUGCAUGACCGAAGACCAAAAGUAUCAAGGUGCUCUCUACAAAGACAAGAAGAACAACAAGAAACAGAAACACAGCCAUCCCAACGACAACCAGCAGCACUAUACCCAGGAGCAACCUACAGCUCACACUCAAACUCCUACCAAUAAGAACGCUGAAGCCAUGAACCACUACGCCUACGUCGAGGACGUCCCUGAGGACCAGUUCGGCUGGGCCGAGUACGAAGAGAGCAGUGACGAUGAGGCUCAUGGCGGGCCCCCGCCAGAGGCUCCUACGCCUCCCUCCGCCGCCCCUGAACCCCAUGUUGACGUCUUCGAGUUCCUCGUUGGAACUGGCGAAACACCCAACGCCUCCAACAUGAACAUUGAUGCGGAGCCAGGUAACUCGCUGGUACGAUAUGAGCCCAAGGAGAAGGAUGACGAAUUCGCCUACAUGGACGACAAUGAAGAUGAAGAGAAACACCUGGUUGAAUACGGAAGCACACCUGUGCCCGCUGCCAAGUUUGUUACGCCCGCUCCGAAGGCUGAGAGACGCAAGAGCCGAAGCAGCACCGAGAAAAAGGAUAAGAAGCGCAAGCGAUUGCACGUGGAUAUCCCUAGCGAUCAGGUCAUGACUGAUGCCCCACCGGUUCUGCACUCUGGGCUUACUGGCGGUAUCAACCGCAUGAUGCGCCCUGUCUUCCCUCCAUCCCCAGACUACUCUGGUGGUGAUAUGCCCGAUAUCUCACCUGCGAGCCCCCUGAAGAAGACUAAGCACUCCAAACAUUCCAAGCACUCCAAGCAUGCUUCUACUAGCACCAGCCUCUUCGGUAUGAUCGCUGGCAGCAAGCCCAAGUCCAAGUCAAAGACCAAGACGAAGUCAUCCAAGACGAAGAAGAGUUCUUCCUCGAAGAAGUCGGAUAAGGAGAAGAAGCCCCAGCAGCUCAUUGAAUAUCGUCCCCAGAGUAAGGACGGUAAGACCGACCCCAGUGAAGGACAAGUCGUCCUCUACAAGCCUCGUGCCGAUGUCUUCCUCAGUUUCGUUGACAAGGGUCCCGAGAGUGAGAAGGGCGUCAGUCUAAACAGGGUGCUCAAGCGCUUCCACCGAGAGCGCGAGGCUACUGGCAGCGAGCUGGGCAAAGGCAAGGAAGAGAAGGAACUUUGGAGAUCACUUCGACUUCGACAGAACGAGCAGGGCGAGAUUGUCCUGUUCUCUGUUGAAUAA